GAUACAGCCGGCGAAACAUCCCCUCUUAUAAUUAUUACUCUCUCUCCGCGUCUCUCUCUCUCUGUGUAUCUCUCUCCCACCCCCAUCUUUUCUUCCCUGCUUUUCCGGCCAUGGAACACAGGACUCUUCUCAACCACCCCGGACCAUUAGACCCCGGUGCACAAGAAUUCAUACCGCAAGCGCCUUUUCCGGUUGCUACCACCCAAAUAUAUUACUCCCACACAUACCAUUUACCCUCUGAAACUCUGGCCGUGCAAAACAUUGCUUAUCCUGCGCCGCCGGCGUACGUUAGCGUGGACCAACCUCCACUCCCCUUAGCCUUGCCGCCGGCGUCGACCACGCCGUCACGGGUACUUUUACUGAGCUCAGUACCUACGGACGUGAGCGAGUCGACGUUGAGAAGAGACUUGGAGGUGUUCGGAGAUGUAAGAGCCGUGGAGAUGGAGAGAGUCGGAGAAGGAAUCGUGGCCGUUCAUUUCUAUGAUCUGAGACAUGCAAAGACAGCGCUUGCUGAGAUACAAAAGCAACACAUGCAACAUCAGUGUAGAGUGAGAGAACAUUUCAAUGAUGUGAUGAAUAUGAACAAGAAUAAUUCUCCGUACGAGGUGGCGCCGCUUAGUUUCCCGGUUCCGCUGCCACCGCCGGCUUGUGGGUUGGUGGCUGGUCGUGCUGUGUGGGCCCAGUUUAUGGUUCCUGGGAUUGGAGGCUACCCGGAGUCUUACAAUCAGGGCACUCUUGUCAUUUUCAAUGUCCCUCCCCAUUUCCCUGCCCGUUCUCUCAUGGAUAUUUUUGAAGAAUUUGGAUGUGUGAAGGAAUUGAGAGAGCCACCACUGAAGCGGAGCCAAAGGUUUAUAGAGUUCUAUGAUACAAGGGAUGCAGCCAGGGCUUUUGCCGUGAUGAAUGGGGAAGAAAUCAACGGCAGGCAUCUUCUGAUUGAAUUUAGUAAGCCAGUUGGGUACAACAGAAGGUUCCCAAAAUCUUUCAAUUGCAAGCUAAAUUCUAUCCCCAGUCGCCCACCAAGAUCUCCAGCAUUUGCUCAUUCAAAUUCCACACCUUGGCAACCCCGUGUCUCGGGCAGGAUCUCUAAAAGCCCUAUUGCAACAAUGGCUUCUUUGAAUCUGAAAGGGGGAGGAGGGGUCGAGAAUCGGGACAGAAAUUCGAAUAGAAGGGGUGCAACUAGUAGUAGCAUUGGCAUGGGCGGCGUCACAAAUAUGAAGCAUGUGAAGAGUAAUAAGGCUGGAUGGAGUGUUCAGAAAGAGCAUGAUCUCAGAUUCCUGAUCAAUGAAGAUUCUAUUAAGUUGUCGAAUUCCAGUGAUCCAAGAACCACUGUCAUGAUCAAAAACAUCCCCAACAAAUACAGCCAGAAGUUAUUGCUCAACAUGCUGGAUAACCACUGCAUUCACUGUAACCAGCAGAUUGAUGACGAUGAGCAGCCUUUGUCUUCCUACGACUUUGUCUACCUUCCCAUUGAUUUUGGGAACAAGUGUAACGUGGGAUAUGGGUUCGUGAACAUGACUUCUCCAGAGGCAACAUUAAGGCUUUACAAAGCUUUUCACCAUCAAAAUUGGGAGGUUUUCAACUCAAGAAAAAUAUGCGAGGUUACUUAUGCUAGGUUGCAGGGACUUGAGGCACUGAAAGAGCAUUUCAAAAGUUCAAAGUUUCCGAGCGAUGCGGAAGCGGAGGAUUAUAUGCCGGUGGUGUUUUCACCGCCUCGAGAUGGCCGGACAUUGAGUAACCCGGUCCCUAUCACCACUAGUAAAAUUGCUUUCAACAAGAACCAUCAAGAGGGAGGCGAUGAUGAAGCACGGGAAGGAGAAGCUGGAGGUGGAGAAAGUGACGGUGUGAAUAGCGGGGAUGACUAUGACAAUGAUGUGAUUUCUGGCGGAUCCAACAGUGACGGUCUUUAGAGGCUAUGAGAUGAGAUGGUUGGAGACCAGUGCUGCGGAAAAAUUACUGUGGGGUAUUAUGAUAUUGUAGAAUAGGAGGCUAUGAGGGAGGGAGAGGAUAAUGAAGAACUGUGUGGGAAGAUAUUGAGAGAGAAUGUAUCUUCUUUUUAUGAUGAGUUUUAUUAGCUGCAGCAGCCAUUUAUGAAAAGCAAUACUUCUACUCCAGUAGUACUAUUAAACUCCAUCACUUGAUAAAAACUUUUCUUUCCAUUUAUGAAAAGCAAUACUUCUACUCCUGUAGUACUAUUAAACUCCAUCACUUGAUAAAAACUUUUCUUUCCGAUCUCUACUGUUAGUCUCUCUCAAAUUAGGGUUUUGAGAGUCGACUUCCAAAAUUAGCUGUCACUUCUCCAUUCUUCACCUUCAUCCUCUACAUUCACCAAAUCAUUUUCGCUCUCCCAUCUUCUCCAUAUUUACCUG